AUGAGGCCGAGAGUAUUGUCGGUUGGUGUGAGCUCAGAUGCAUUUCUAGCUAUUGAUUAUGGUUGGAAGGGUCUUGUUGCUCUGAGCAGCUUCACUAAUAUACUUAUAAUUGAUCCUUAUUCGUGUAAAUCCAUACAGUCACUACAGGGACAUUGCGCGAACGUGAUAAAUGUCCAGUGGGCUCCAGAAAAUUACUAUCAUGAUGACAAAAGUCCUUUUCAGUUGAGACUGGCUAGUGUUGAUUCCUCUGGAGUAAUAAUAGUUUGGGAUGCCUUCACAGCUACUGCUACUUCGGAAUUCCGUGAAGCAGAUUCCUCAGUUUUGGACAUGAUGUGGCUACCAAAUCAGUGGGUGUCACGUGACUUGCUGGGUGUUCUUCACUCUCAUGCUAUUUUCAUUAUUUGGAACACCCAAACUCAAACUCAACUGUGGAAGUACACUUUCGAUGACUCCAUAGCUUCAUUCUCUUUGGAUUUAUUUUCCGCUUCGAAGAUUGUUUUUUAUUCCAGAGAACAUUUUGUGGUUGAAAAUUUCUCUGUUACCUUGUGUAGCUUUGGUAAAGCCAGAAGGCAGAGCAUACAUGGAACUGCUUUUCACACUGAAACUGACUGUCAAGGGACAGGGACGGGAGUGACAUCUGUAAAAUCGGCCAUCAGCGGCUGGAUUUCUAGUAUGGGAAUUUCAGAAAGGACAUGGGAUACUUCAAGCGAUAAGGGAGGAACAACACCUAAAAAGAUAUGCUUACAGGUUACUUAUCAUGGAUAUAACAAGGACUGUGUGUUAUUUGUUUUCAAGCGGGAGAUUGUUUUCGUGAACCUAGCAGUAAUUCACCCUCUUGGUGUUAUUUCUCUGGAUCGCUCUCGGCCAUCUUUUUCACGUGUUUAUUCUUGCACUCAACGUGAUGUUAUCAUCUGUCUACACGAAAAUGGUAAUUUGAGCGUGUAUGCUCGUCGUGGGCUUGCCUUAGCGAUGGACUUUUAUGCUCAUUCAUCUAAUAUGAUUCAGAAAACUUGCAAAGAAACCUACGAACUAGAUAACAGCAGCUGCUCUUAUGUUCUUGUAGCGACUGCUGCUUCGUCCAGACGUCCAAAACAAGCAUAUCCUGUCAAUUUCACCGUUGAUCGGUUAAAUGAGGUGACUAUUGCUGUAGCCUCUGUUGAUGGCCGUAUGCAGUUCUGGCAACUGCGAUCUAUUAGAAAAUCAUUUGUGGAAAAUGAAGAACAAAAACCAGUUUGGAGUCUAUCCGAUCUGAUACCACAUGAAUCAAUGGAAAAUAAGCGUCCGAUAAAGUUGUACCUUGAGUUAAAUUCAUUGUACACUCCCAAUAGGUCAGAACCAACAUUAUGUCGAGUUUGUCCACCAAAUCUCAUUAAAACUGGCACGAUAGAUUCUAUUUGUGGUCCUCUUGUUGCUGUUGGGAACACUAAUGGUGAUGUUCAGAUUUGGGAUAUAUCAUCAACUUUAUUAUGGCGUGAAUAUCAUGUGCUACCAGUAGCCAUUAAAGGGAUUGAGUGGAUAACUAUACCUCUUACAAUUUACAGAGAUUGUCAUAAGAAUGACAAUUCAUUGACGUCACGAACAAAUGAAUAUUCAUUGGGCUUAAUUGUGUAUGGCUGGCAACCAAAAGAUGGUCAUCAAAGUUCUCUUACUGAAAAUACUUCGAAUAAAACUAAUGCUAUGGGGAAGAAUUUUGUGAUUACAGUUGAUUUGCUAACAGGAUACAUGCGUGUAUUUCGUGAUGCUUCUUGUGAAAAAAUGAACAAAUCAGGUUCUGGUAUGGGAACAGGCGGUUCCCUUGGUCAACUUUUAUCUGGACUUAAUGAUCAGGAUCGUUCUUUAGAAGGACCUGUCGAUAUUAUUCGUGUUAGUUACACAAGACAAUAUGUUGGUAUAAUUGUUCGGAAAGGUCCUGUAGAAAUAUGGAAUUUAUGCAACUCUUCCUUGCUAACGAAGUUAUCACUAUUACCGGAUGUAACAGCUGUUGCUUUAGACUGGUGUCAUUCCCCUUAUAAAGAGAGAGGUCGAAGAGACUCACAGAAAAGUCUGAAAUCAGGAGAUUAUAUGCAUACGAAGGAGUUAUCUCGUAAUCGUGAAUCAUGCAUAAUGUGCACUUCUGACGGUAGUAUUCGUUUAAUUGCAGUGAAUAAAGAUUCAGUGGAUAGUACUUCGGUUUCUAAUACAAUCUUGAGUGGUCUACCAGCUGUCAGCUUAAAUCGAAUAAAUACCGUUGCUUGGUUUUCUGACUUGGUCGCUUUUGGUACUUCUGAUGGCUUUGUAGCUGUUCGAGAUUUACAUGGCAAGAGAACGCUGUUUAGAACAACUAUUCCAACUUCUCAGUCAAAUUACCUUGAUCAGGCUAUUGGGACUUUAAAUGAACAAUACUUUGAUCCAGACAUAAUGCUGGAUACUAGUCUUUGUAGUGUCCUACCUUCAAUUCGGCAUUUAUGUUUUACGCCAGGUUUUUCCAGCUUAACUCAUCUACUUAGUUUACAGUUUGAUUCUGUAUGCGUGUGGGAACCAAGACAAAUGCUGCUUCUAUGUAUGAUUGAGUUUACUGGAUCGGUUCAUCAUUCUUUAGUUAGUGCAGAUUGGGUUUCCAUUGUUUCAAAGCCUUCUGAUAAAGCUUUGUGCAUACUUUUGAGUAGAGAUGGGGCUUUGCGACUUGUACAAGCUGGUCAGGCUAAUUACGAGAUGACAGUAGUUGGUCAUCAUAAUCACUUAGCUAAUUCAGGAGGAUCAAUUACUCGAGGAACUACAUUGCACGAUCCAAUAUCCAAAUUUUACAUAAAAAGUGCAUUACCAGAUAGACCUGAAAUUCAAGAUCCAGUUCUAAUUCCAUCUCUACUUCCACCCAUCACUGCUUUAAAUAUCCGACACCUAUUACAAAAUCAGCCAUGGUGUGAUAAGGUCCGAACAGUUCCCACAGUCAUGGAUUCUGAUCCUCUAAUCGAUAUAACUUCUGAUUGUGAACCGAAGUCUUCAAAUGCAGAGUCUCCGAAUUUUGAUUUAUUAAACCAGAAACAAGCGAGUUAUCAUUCCUCUGAAAUUACUGAUGUUCCAGCCAUCAACUUACAUGCUCCUAGGUGUUCUGUACUUGCUCCAGGCUUUGCUAAAAUUCAGAAUGCUGUAAAUAUUUUUUUGUAUGGAAUGAAGACAAGGCGUAAAUUAGUUACCAGUUUCAUGAAUCCAUCAAGCACCACGAUUAUUGAACGUUGUUUAUGGACUGCUCAACUAUUCAGUGAUGUAUAUGAAGUGAAGUUUUGGCGAUUAGUUGCAAAUCGUUUACUGUACAAAAAGUCGGUCAAUAGUUUUACUAAUUCACCAAGUGAUAAAGAGUUAUGGUCUCGUUACUUUUUGGAUUUAUCGUGGGAUUUUCUAGCUGAUUGUAGACUGUAUCGUCAGAAUGUGGAAAAUUAUACAUCACUUAUGGAAAAGUCACACUAUUCAUCAAUAGAAACUAUGGUCUGUGUUGACACACUUCUUAUGAUUGGUCAGCCAGAUCGAGCAGUUAAUCUGUUGCUUGAAACUCCAGUUGAUUCGAAUCUGUAUUCUUUGAAUAUGCACCGUGCUUGCUUACUUGCUGCGAAUGCCACCAGAAAGUCUUGUUUAUCAGGACCUAGUAUUGAUCAGUCAGUAGAGGAUACCUAUUUAAGUACAGUAAAAUUGGUCGCGACUAACUUAUUAUCCAAUGGAAGAAUUAAUGAAGGAAUUGGUUUGUUAUGCCUUAUUGGUCUACAGAUCGAUGCAUGUCGCUACUUGGAAUCAUUUGAUCAGUGGGAUCGUGCUAUUUGGUUGGCCAAGUGUACACUAUCAAAUGGAGAACAUGAUAAAGUAUUGAGACGUUGGGCAUCUUACUUGUCAUCCUCUCAGGUUCAUCGAAAAGACUUGGCUGUCCUUGUUUAUUUAUAUUUGGAAGAUCAUAAUGCUGUUUUAAAGUCGCUUUCCAGCCUUAAUCAAUAUCAAUUAGCAGCCAGAUAUUUAGAAGCAUGCUAUGAAUUGGGAGUAUUGAAACCAACAAAGGAAACAGACUCAUUGUACUCGUCAAUAUUUAUGGAAUUCGGUUCAAUACUUACAAAACUUGGUCAUCAUGAAGCUGCAACUUAUUACUGUAAUUUAGCUGGAAAAGUGGGUGAUGCACUGAGAGAGGAAAUUGACUUUCUUUCGUCUUAG